AGACAACAUGUCACAGCCCUCUGCUCCUCCAAGCUAUGAAGAUCGGAACCCCCUCUAUCCUCCGCCAGGGGGAGGAUAUCCUGGAGCUUAUCCACAACCACCACCCUAUAGUAGUGGGCAUCCAGAGCCCGGAGGCUACCCCCACCCAGGCGGGUAUCCCCAACCGUUUCCUCCUGUGCCUACAGCACCUAUGACUUAUGGAGGCGACAGUGAUUUCCAUGUGGCUGAUUGGGAUGAUAAGAAAGUCAGGCACACUUUUAUCCGCAAGGUUUAUAGCAUUAUCUCCGUGCAGUUGCUUGUGACAGUAGGCAUCAUUGCAAUCUUCACCUUUGUUGAACCUGUGUCAGGUUUUGUGAGGCGUAAUAUUGCUGUGUAUUAUGCAUCUUAUGCUGUAUUCCUGGUCACUUACCUGGUGCUGGUGUGUUGUGAGGGCCCACGGAGACGUUUUCCAUGGAACCUCAUCCUUCUGUCUAUCUUUACACUAGCGAUGGGAUUCAUGACAGGCACUAUUGCUAGCACGUACUCUACAAAGGCUGUUCUAAUGACUAUGAUCAUUACAGCGAUUGUGGCCAUAAUUGUUACCAUCUUCUGUUUCCAGACAAAGGUGGAUUUCACAUCCUGCACUGGUUUGUUCUGUGUGCUGGGCAUUGUUGUCAUGGUGACUGGAAUUAUCACAGCCAUAGUCCUGUCCUUCAAAUAUGUUCCUUGGCUCCAUAUGCUGUAUGCAUCUAUUGGUGCAAUCGCCUUCACCCUGUUUCUUGCCUAUGAUACCCAACUGGUCUUGGGCAACCGGAAGCACACCAUCAGCCCCGAGGAAUACGUCUAUGGAGCCCUCAAGAUCUACACAGACAUUGUUUAUAUCUUCACCUUCCUCUUGCAGAUUGUGGGCAGCAGAAAUUAGAUGGAUGAAACUAUUUAAGACUUUGACAAUCUUCCCCAGAGAUCAGGAGGUACACUUUUCUGGCUCUGAUGUACUGUUGUUACCUGCUUGUCUCCAGUCUAUGUAUAAAUGCCAAGAAAGGAUUCACAGAAUGGACCAGGAAACAUAAUGAGGAACCAUAUAUUGUAUUCAAUGAGAUAUGGAUCUUAAUCUUUUUGUUUUGCUUCUGUAUUUCCACACGUGGCAUAUCCUUCUUUAACUUGUGCCCAGGAAUGGUGACUGUAGUAUAUAUUACACUUUGAUAUGAUGUAUUGUAGUAUUUUCAACUUACCCUUUUAUUUGUAUUUUUGUCAGCCUCUAAGAUGCAGAUGAUUCUUCUAAUUAAAAAAUGUACUAUUUCAAGGCUCUAUUACAUAAGUGCAAAUAAAAACAUAU